AAGACAGGACGGAGUCAGACCGCGGGUGUGGGUUCUGUGGUCGUGUCGGAAGCGCGUUCGUCUUUCCCCGCGCCAGACAACCAUACUCGACUGAGUUAUGACUGAAUCCAGAUCACCGCGCCUCUAUUGAACGAGGCGAUCGAUGGUGAUGCUGCGCGAUGCAAGGAGCCGAAGUUUAUUCUGUCGUGCUUUGUGUUUUCCGAUUUAUGUUUUCUGUCUGCUCAUGCUCAUGCUCAUGCUCAUGCUCAUGCUCAUGGUUGUUAUCCCGCAUGUCGCGGAGUUACCCGCUGCUGGAUAGACUUCGUCUCGUAGGAGAGAUCUGGAUGAGCAGGAGGGAAGGUUUGUUAGUUGUUAGCGAUGAUGUUGCCGUAGCUGCGUGUAUCAAAAUUCCCGCCUCUUGCACCUGACACACGCAGACGCAUAGGAAGAGCGGGGGGAAGGCGAGGCCUGAUUCCAAGUUUCCUGUUG